CUUUUGGAAUUCUCUGAUGAAGUGAUAAUCUUGGCUGGCAUUUAAAAAAAGAAACCCUGCUUUUCAUGACUGCUGAAAAACAUUGGAAUGUGUUUUCCUUUAGGGGUAAGAAAUAAGAAAGCAUUAUUUUCUUUUAAAUGGCAGUUAUAAAACACUCACCUAGUGAUUUUUCUUGGAUAUGAUGGAGGUUAAUCUGUUUAAAGUGUUACACUGUAAAGAAAGCAAAGUAAAAUCAGAACAGCAAAGUUAUCUUUGACAUUGUUCCUCAAAAUAUGCUUCCAGUUCAUAAUUGCUUUAUCAGAAUUUACAAAAUUGCUUUUCAGAUGAAUACGUUGUGAGUUCAUAAAAUUUGGGAUCAAAGUAUUUAUGGCUGUCCUCACUGUGCCGACCCAGGUGCUGCUUUGGGGCAAUCAACAACAUACCAUGAAUAGCACCAGACCCCAGUCUCUCUUCUUUGUCUGUCUGCCUGAACUGCAAAAACUCUGUGCUGCUACAGUAACACUGAGUUCUCAGAUACCAGAAACUGAGGCAAGGAGUACACAGAUAAAGACUUGCAGACAAUUACUAUUCCUUUAUCAAGAGAUCCUUUCUGCACCUGUUAUGGGGACACUGAAUCAAGUUUCGGUUGUGAUGGCGAUACCAUUUUACGAAUCAGGAAUAUGUCAAGCCUAUGUAGAGAGACACGGAGCGACUCUGGAAGCACCACAAACAGUUACCCCAGCCCUUCUCCAAACCUGUCUCUCCUACACACUUACAGCCAGGCUUGCACCCAGAUGGAACAAGGCUGGUCAUCUCUUGGUGCAAGGGAAAGACUUUUUGUCUCAUUCAGGAAGGCAAAAUGCUGUUGUUAUAGACCUCAAUGUGUCAGAGAGACAGCUUUGCAUCAGUGUGGAGCCUUGCUCAAUUCGGCUGCCACCCCCCAAGCUAGGAGAUUUUGAUAUUUCAGCAAACACUGUAAAACUGUUUGACAGCAGUGAAAAUACAGUUAUUCAGCAACAUUCCAUAUUAAGUAACUGGUGCUAUGUUUUGCCAAGCAUGAAAAUGGGUCAGAUCAUAAACAUCAGCCACAUAAUUCCUCCAGAAUCCCCUUUCCGUUCAUAUAAGGAUUUUCAGAUGCACUGGAAGAGUCUGUAUGGAUAUAUUCUUCCUGAGGAUCUUGAAGAGACAAAAAUUUACUUGAGUGUUUACUUCAAACCAAUAGGGGAAAGGUUCUUCACGUACCCUUUAAGUUGCAUCCGAAGUCAGCCAGUGCAGUAUUUCCCCCGAACAGAUGCAGAAAGUGUAGUGAACUCUUUUCUUUCUGACAUGAAGAGCAACUUUACCCAGCUGUGUGGAUUUCCAGUAAAGAUGACAAGUAAAGCACUUUAUGCUACAAAGGAACUCUCCAGGGCUUCAGUGCAUGAAAUAAAACCUAAGCAUGCGAAAUCGGACGGCGAGAUGGUUUGUGUAGUAUCUCUAACGCAGGCUCCUCCAAGAAAACCUGGUUUGCUUGGAAUUCCUUCAUCGUGCAGUACGGAAAACAGCCACUGGAUGGAGCGUUUGAUCAAAGAGCCAGGAACACACAGUUUAUCGAGUAGCAGUAAGCGUCCAGGAGGGGUUAGCAUUGAAGCAACAGAGAAAUCAGUGAGCAAUAAGCAAAUACCACCAGGCGUAGCAGAGUUACCAGCUGCAAAAUCUUUAGGAACAGCCUUUGAAUCCACGCUCACAAAAGUUGGCAAAAUUAUACCAAUUUUCAAAGGAAAGUUAAUGCAAAUGAAUGGAAAGAUCACAAAUCAAACAGAUAGGAAGAAAAGGGAAAAUGCUGAAAGGCAUUCACCAAUAAAAAGUGUGGGUGAUUCAUCUCCUAGGCUGUCUGUGCACAAAUCCAGCAUAACUCAGGUUUUCAAACACAUUCAAAAUAUGCCAGUCAAAACUCCUACUGACAGCAGUGUGCUUCAGGUAAAGAGCAUGAAGACACACACAAAAUGUGGUGCACCCAUAUUCCGAUGGAAAACCCAAUCUAGUGGACAAAAUGCUAGCUCUGAUUUUUCUGAAAACUCAGCUUCAGGUGGGAGUCCAAGUGAAGUCAGUCACAAAAAGGCAAAUUCUCUGUUCUUCCCUAAGAAUGUUGGGCCAGUGCUUCAGAAAUCAAACACCAGUCCAUGUCUGAAUACACAUGAGUCUUCCAGUUCAAGAAGGGGGAAAAAGUUUACAAGUCAAAAUACUACUCAAUUUCUUGAGAAACAACACCAGUCAACGGAAGUGCAUUUGCAGAUUUGUAAAUUAGACAGUGAAAUGACAAAUUCCAGUUUGUCACUGCAACAAACAAAGAGAUCAAAUAAAGAAGCUGGGUUAAAUAUUCAUGAAUCUGUCUUCAAAGAUACAGUGUGCAUGGCCAAAAGUGAAGAAAACAAAGCAACAUGCCACUCUAAGGACUGUACUGCUGAGACAACCAGUCAUCAUUCCAAACCUAACUUUGAACAGACAAUUACAGGGAACAAGUAUCUGACAUGUGAAACACUGACCUCAAAACCGACUUUGCCAGUCAAGGAGAGCAACAUGGAAGCAUCUGUAAAGAAAAGUUGUGCCAGAAGAAGACAGCAGAAAGAAGAAGGUUGUUCAAAGUUAAAGAGAGCCAAAAGAAGUAAAACUUCUACUUAAGGUGUUCUGGAGCAUUGAAAGAAAACUCUGGAGCUAAGAAUGUGGUUUAGCUGCCUGACCUCAGCCAAAGGUUCAGAAGGUGUGAACAGACUUCUGCAACAGAAGUUCCUUCUUCCAACACCGCAACUGACUGUGAUAUUUGAGAGCUUUAAAUUUAAAAAACCAAGAUCUAAGAGAAAGGAUAAACAUCCUAUGUGCAUAUAUGUGCACAUAUAUGUGCAUAAUACCACAUAUUUAUGACAGAGACAAUUCUUUCUUGUUCUGUAUAAAAAUGCAGACAUUUAAUUUGAAUGCCCUGAACCCAAACUUUGUAAACAGAAUGCAAAUACAGAUGUGGGAAUACAGCAAUAUGUUUUUUCCUUCAUGUUUGCCAUAGAGUUCUUUGUUGUCUUUUGUUUUCUUCUAUGAUGUAAACUUUUUCUAUGUUUUCCUCCAUUCAGGUUCCCAAGAGGUCAGUAGCAUACUUGAGAAUCUCUGAACUUUGUGUAUCUUGCUGUUUGUCAUUGGUAGCUGUUCCUGGAAGAAAAUUUGAGGGUUAAAUGCAGUCAAGUGAAUCCAUGUAUCAUCAACUUCUUCAGGGAGUUCAGGUUAAUAAGCCUCUAAUGCAUUUGAAAAUUUAACUAAACUGGUUGGUUUUUAAAUCACAUUUUGUAUGUCCUGCUACUUGCUUACACAGUUAAUCAUUCUUCCAAAUUAUAUUGUUGUUUCUAGUUAGGUUUUUAAAGUUAAAAUAUUAAAUUCUUGGUUACAGUGUCUGGGCCAGUUUGAUUCAUCAGUACAACAUUCCCAAAUAAGUUUUCCUUGUCAAGUCAAAUGAUUGAAAAAUAAACAAUUUUAUUCCUAAGGGAGUAAUUUAAAGGCUGGAUUUGACUCAAGCUUCAUUAAUUUUUGUUGUAUUUCUUGGUGACUUUUCAGAUAUGAAGCUGCUCUGUAAAAGAUUUGUUUUAAAGUUUAAUUACAACCCCAUUCUUAGGGAGUUCAUAGAGAUCCUGUAGCUGCCUUUUGAGUAAUUUUAUUGCUGUAAGUGUGACUUCAGUGACCUCUUUCAAUGUGCAGAUACAAAUAUAUACACAUAUAUAAGAUUGUUGCUUCAUAAUCACUGCUUUGAAAUCAGUAUUACUGUGUUACCUGGAAAAUAAGAAUCAAAUGUCACACUAGCUCCUAAACUCAAAUCUUAUAGACCUGUAGUUUAACACUUGUUUUGGACAUAUAUUUGCAAAUCUUUUUUUUUUCUAAAGGGCUUGAUACAAUGAGACUUUAUGCCCUUCAUGAAACUUUUUUUUUUAGAUUUAUGUUGCUAUAGCUGUAUUUCUCUUCACUUCAUUUUUCCAAGUUGGAUUUUGUCCUACUACUACCACAAUUUUUGUUUUGUUUUGUUUUUUUCUUGAAUGGUGACUGUCAACAUAGCUCUAAUUUCACGGUGCCAGUGUUUAAGAGGAAGUGAGCUCUUCCACAACUUGUCAUUUUCUCAUACAUUACACACAAAAAAAACCAAAACAAAACAAAACAAGCCAAGACAAAUAAUAAAAGAAGUUAGUGCAAUAUGCUCAGCAAGAAAUCAAAUUAUAUUUACAUUUUGUCUGGAAGCUGGUAUACAAGGCUACUUUUCAAAUGCUGUAGUUUAGUUACCUUUCAUAGGUUUGACUGUACGUAACUGAUCUUUCUCCUGUCUCACAGGGAAAAGCCUGUAGAUCAUUUGCAUUUCUGCCAUGCUACAUAAAUUAGUGCUUUGCCUGAUCUGUUUCCUAUUGUUGCUUUUCAAAUGCUGCUGGUUGCCAACAUUUGUCUUGCAUUAUCUCAGAAGUAAUUUUGCACUAUUUUUGCGUUUUCAAAUGUUUACAUCAUUUUGUGUUAUCUGUUAUAAAACUGAAAAUACAGAAAAAAUUAUUUACCUCAGCUCCAAUGUG